GAAGAAGAAGUUAAAAUUAAAGGCAAAUAAGAUAUGUAUGAUCCAAGAACAGUACACAACUACUACUGUUGCAUACUAUUACAGUAUUACUACUCACUAAUAAUACCCCCCAUUACUUCACAGCCUGUAAGAAGAGAAGGCCUCGUAAAUCUGCCCCCCCGACAAUUAGAGAUAAUUCCAAUCUCAUCCCAUGUGGGAUUCUCCUCUUUAAUUUAAUUGCUCAUCAUCAUCUUCAUCUUCAUCUUCAUCUUCCCCCUCUCUCUCUCUUACACUCCUCUCUUACUCUCUGCACUCUAUCUCCAUCUCCUCUUGCUUACUUGCAAUUGCUUGCUAACUCUAUCUCUCUCUUCCUUAAUUUUCAUCCCUUUGGUUUUCAACCUCUCUAUCUCACACACACACACACACACCAUGUGGGAUUCAGAGAAUGAAUCGCUUGGAGGGAGGGAUUACAACAAUGCUUUGCUUAGUUCAAGCAAGCAUGGUGUCAAGAGUGAUGGCUUCGAGCAAAGAGGCCAAUCUUGGUUUGUUGCAACUGAUAUUCCAAGUGACUUGUUGGUUCAAAUUGGAGAUGUUACUUUCCACUUGCACAAGUAUCCACUUCUUUCCAGAAGUGGAAAGAUGAACAGAUUAAUAUGUGAAACGAGGGAUACUGACCUUAGCAAGGUAAUAAUCGACGAUCUUCCAGGCGGCCAUGAAGCAUUCGAGCAAGCUGCCAAGUUCUGCUAUGGGGUUGCCGUUGAUUUAACAGCCACCAACAUCUCAGGCCUCAGAUGUGCUGCAGAGUAUCUCGAAAUGACAGAGGAUUUGGAAGAAGGCAAUCUAAUUUUCAAAACUGAAGCUUUUCUCAGCUAUGUAGUUCUAUCAUCAUGGAGAGACUCCAUUCUUGUAUUAAAGAGCUGUGAAAAGCUCUCCCCAUGGUCAGAAAACCUCCAAAUUGUAAGAAGAUGUAGUGAAUCAAUUGCCUGGAAGGCUUGCGCCAAUCCUAAAGGAAUCAGAUGGGCUUACACUGGAAAGCCCCUAGUUAAAGUCUCCAGCCCGAAAUGGAACGAAAUGAAAGAGUCCAGUCCCAGCAGAAACCAUCAAGCCCCACCUGACUGGUGGUUUGAGGACGUCUCUAUAUUAAGGAUUGAUCAUUUUGUCCGAGUCAUAACUGCAAUUAAGGUGAAAGGAAUGAGAUUUGAAUUAAUAGGAGCUGCAAUAACACAUUAUGCAGUUAAAUGGCUUCCCGGUUUAAUCAAAGACUUACCUGCAUCAGCAGCAGAUGGAGAAAAUAAUGUUAAUAACGACACUACUUCAAGCUCAAGCUGGAAAGGAGGACUUCAUAUGAUAGUGGCGGGAGGGAGUAAAGAUGAAAUAUCGACAGUUCAAGCGAAAGAUCAAAGAAUGAUUAUCGAGAGCUUGAUAAGCAUAAUUCCUCCACAGAAGGACAGCGUUUCUUGUGGAUUCCUUCUCCAGCUAUUGAGGAUGGCAAACAUGUUAAAGGUGGCACCGGCUCUUGUCACUGAAUUGGAGAAACGGGUUGGAAUGCAGUUCGAACAGGCCACAUUGGCCGAUCUUCUCAUACCCUCUUACAGCAAAAGCGAGACUUUGUACGAUGUUGAUUUAAUGCAGAGGCUUCUAGAACAUUUUCUAGUUCAAGAACAGACAGAAGGGUCAAGCCCGGGCAGACAGCAGCCUUUCUCAGACAAACACAUGUACGAUUCAGCAGCAGCAGCUCAAAGAGGAAGUAGCCAAAACGCCAAGGCAAGAGUCGCAAGGCUUGUGGACAGUUAUCUCACCGAAGUUUCUAGAGACAGAAACCUCUCCUUGACCAAGUUUCAAGUCCUAGCCGAGGCUUUGCCAGAUUCUGCAAGAACUUGUGAUGAUGGACUCUACCGUGCAAUUGAUUCCUAUCUUAAGGCACAUCCAACGCUAUCUGAGCAUGAAAGGAAGAGACUAUGCCGGGUGAUGGACUGUCAGAAACUGUCAAUAGAUGCAUGUAUGCACGCAGCCCAAAACGAAAGGCUUCCAUUAAGAGUUGUUGUGCAAGUUCUUUUCUCUGAACAAGUAAAGAUAAGCAAUGCAAUAGCCAACAGCUCUUUAAAAGAAGCUGGGGAUUCUAAUUAUCAGCCCAUGGUGUCAAACAGAAGAAGUUUACUUGAGGCAACUCCACAGUCAUUUCAAGAAGGAUGGACAGCGGCUAAAAAGGACAUUAACACACUCAAGUUUGAGCUUGAGUCGGUCAAGGCCAAGUACCUAGAGCUACAAAAUGACAUGGAGACUUUACAAAAGCAGUUUGAUAAAAUGGCAAAGCCAAAACAAUCUUCGGCUUGGACAAGUGGUUGGAAAAAACUGAGCAAGCUUACCAAGAUGACACAUUUAGAGGCGAAUGACAUUGGAUCUCAGAUUCCAAACACAGAACAGGCUAGAAAGGCGCCUAGAAGGUGGAGAAAUUCUAUUUCUUAAGGAAAUUAUUCUAAGUGGUGGUAUUAUAUAUGUUCUUUCUUCUUUACAUAUAUUAUGUUUCUUCAACUUGAAGAAAUUCAAUUCAAUAGGUUUCAGUGAUCCCAUCCUUCCACUUUGCUUUCUUGGUGCUUUUUUGAGUUAUUUAUGGGAGCUAUCUUAUUAUCAUCAUUUUGUAGUCAGAACAAUUUAUUCUAUUUGAAGGUGACUAUUAAAUUGAAAAUUGCAAUGGAGUUGGCACACUUAUAUUUCACCUUU